GGAGAUUCUACUCGAGCGCAGAGAAAUUUGAAGUGGGCAUUUGGAAGUGGAGAUCGCUUCGUCUCGCUGCGGAGAUCCGACCAUGCUCCCGGGGCAGCAGGCAUCCUCCUACCGGGUGGACUGAGGGUAAUCGUCAUAACGGUGACGGGACCGCGAAAUUUCUUUACGAAAAGAAUAAAUUGGAGAAUAGAUUCAAUAGGGUAGGAGGGGUAAAAUAAGGGAACGGGAGGCGGAGAACCACUGGCGUCCUCUCACCAGCACUUUCUUGUCCAGAUCCAAAACCCUAAUUCGCCGAUCGCCUUUACCGACCUCGAGAUCUUCGAAAAGCGAUAGCUUCGCCCCCAAAUCUAGGUUUUCAUAACCGCCUUAUAGGCCUCGAAUUCCUCCAAUUCGGCCUCCGAUGGCGGGCUCUGGGGGCUCGUCCUCCUCAUCGUCGUCGUUGGCUCGUGGGCACGGCGUCGAUCGCUUCUACAACCCGCCGGCGGUCAGGCGGCAGCUUGAGCAGCAGAAGCUCCAGCAGCAGCAGCAGCAGCAACAACAGCGACAGCAAUCGUCGCCGCAGAGGGCGGCGAAGCCGAAGGCCCGGCCGUCUCUGGUGCUUUCGCCGCCACCGGUUGAGGUGGCCGAGAACCGGGUCGAAUCGGACGAGUCAUCCUCGAAACCCUCGGUUUCUUCCUCUUCCUCUUCUUCCCCGCCCCGACCGUUGCCUCCUGCUGGAAACCUUGACCGGUUUCUGGAGUCCACAACUCCUGUCGUCCCCAUUCAAUACUUCCCUAAGCUGACGACCGUGAGGGGGUGGAGGAAUUGCGAAGAAUCACUGCCUUACUUUUGCCUGGGAGAUCUCUGGGAGUUGUUCAAGGAGUGGAGUGCUUAUGGUGCUGGAGUGCCGCUGGUGUUAAAUGGCAGCGACUGUGUUGUUCAAUAUUAUGUGCCUUACCUCUCUGCCAUCCAGCUUUAUGCUGACCCGUCGAGGCCCUCCUUAAGAUUGAGGCGACCUGGUGAGGAAAGUGAUGGGGAACCUUACAUGGAUACUAGCAGUGAGGACAGUGGUGAGAGUGAAGCUGACCAGUUAAGGGAAAGAAUGGCAUCCUUGGGGACUACAAGCAGCAUGGGCCAGGAAGGCUUUCUAAGCGAUGACAGUGAGGCUUGCAAUCCAGCAAUCCUCCCAGUAUUCGAGUACUUAGAGAGGGAUCCACCUUAUGGAAGAGAACCAUUAGCUGACAAGAUAUCUAUUCUUGCAAGCAAAUUUCCAGAGCUGAAGACAUACAAGAGCUGUGAUCUGCUUUCAUGUAGUUGGAUGUCUGUUGCAUGGUACCCGAUAUAUAGGAUACCCACAGGACCAACAUUAAAGGAUCUGGAUGCGUGCUUUUUGACAUUCCACUCACUAGCUACACCACCUAAAGAUACUAGCGGUGCUCAUAUGGUGGUUGCUGGCUCCUGUGACAUAAGGAAUGUCACCAGCUCCACUGACGUGUUGACAAAGUUACCAUUGCGUGUUCUUGGGCUUGCUUCAUAUAAGCUCAGGGGUUCUAUUUGGAUGUCCAAUGGACUGCAUGAGCGGCUGCUAGCAAGCUCUCUGCUGCAAGCUGCCGAUCAAUGGCUUCGCCUUCGACGAGUAGAUCAUCCUGACUACCGGUUUUUCAUCUCCCAUUAUAAUACAUUUAGGAGGUGAGAGUUUUCUAGAUAUAGCUGUUCUAAGUUUUCUUUGAUAGAGAACUUGUGGGAUUGACAAAGAAGGCUUUUGCUAGUAUUUUAGGCAAGGAAGAAAAGAAUUGCAUGAAGUUACAUUGAAUUCCAGCUAUAUCCAUUGGAUGACUUAAGAUUGUUGACCCGUUGUCUGUCUUGGGGUGUUUGGCAGUAUAAACCAUGGAAAAUAGAUCAUGCGCUAUUGUUCUUUGGUCGUUUGGUUGCAU